CAAAUGCAAUAAGAGCAAAAUUAGAAAAGUCAACAACAAACAGCAAGUGCCACCUUUGUAAUGAAACAGAUGAAACAGUGGACCACCUAAUCAGCUGUUGGAAAAAGAUCGCACAGACUGACACAAACAAAGGCAUGACAAGGUAACAGGGAUGAUACACUGGAACAUCUGUAAAAAAUACAAGCUACCUGUAGCCAAAAAUUGGUGGGACCAUAAAAUUGAAAAAGUGGUAGAAAAUGAAGAUGCAAAAAUAUUAUGGGACUUCCUACAAAUAGACAAACAUCUGCCACACAAUACACCAGAUAUAACUGUAGUCGAGAAGAAAGAAAAACAAGUUAAAAUAAUCGACAUAGCAAUACCAGGGGAUGGCAAAAUAGAAGAAAAAGAAAUAGAAAAAAUCACAAAAUACAAAGAUCUACAAAUUGAAAUUGAAAGGCUGUGGCAGAAAAAGACCAAAAUAAUCCCAGUGGUAACUGGCACCCUAGGUGCAAUUCCAAAACAACUUGAAGAGCACCUCAACACCAUAGGAGCCACAGAAAUCACCAUCAGCCAAUUAUAAAAAGCAACUUUACUGGGAACAGCUUAUAUUUUGCGACGAUAUCUAUAAUAACCAACAGUAUUGAUGAUAAAAUUCAGCCAUCCCAGGUCCUUGAGAAGGACUCGAUGUCUGUAUAAAACAAACCAGUUAAUGACACCUGUCUUACUGUGUAAACAAGAAAUAAUAAUAAUAAUAUCAAAGGACGAGAUGGAGGUCAAAGGAGGAGGAAAAUCCUGCAAGACAUCUGGCAGGAGUUGUAUUAGAGAGCCUCUGGAUGGGGCAGUUUAUAAAUGUAAUAAAUAAUAAAUAAAUAAGUUUUAAACUGAAUGGGCAGAUUAAUUAGGAAUAUCUAAUACAUUUUUGCUACGCUUUUGUCCAAAACCCCCCCAGGAUUCUUAAAUAGUGAUUUUAGAACACUACAGUAGGAGUUACUCACUCUCCUUUGCCUAUACCUGGUCAUUUUCGGUUGGUGAUUGUUUUGUAUUUCUAAAAGAAGAAUACAAGAUAUCCCGUACUAAACAGCUUGCAGCAAAGCUAAAUUGACUUUUAUUAGAGAAUGUUUAACAUAUGGUUUACAGAAGCAACAGUGAACAGAAUUUCCCGAUAAAACACGGCCGUGUACUAACGAAUAUGUGGUUGCAUUGGUAGAAAGAAUAUAGAACUGUACGCGCGUUCCUACGGGUUUGGGUAUAGUAAACAUGGUAGCUCUCUAAGCGCCUCAAGAGCCAGCGGCAACUUGUAAACAGAUACGCUGUGCUCGGCUGAAGAUCCCAAAUUAUACCGGAAAUCAGGGGGCGUAUGGUGUUACUCUAUCUUUUUUUCCUCCCUAUCUCUAUGUUAUGGCGAGAUUUCCGGAGUAGAAGCCCAUCUAUUUUCAGGGAGGGUGUUUAUCUGAAGGGAGAUCUGAAUAGUUAGUGCAGAUUAUUCAUCAUCCAAGAGUCGUCUGCGUGUCAGGAGUCCUCUGCAGGAGAAUGGCAAAAGCAACAACUAUUAAGGAAGCUUUAGCCAGAUGGGAAGAAAAAAAUGGUCAGAAGCCUUCAGAGGCCAAGGAAGUGAAACUCUAUGCCCAGAUUCCACCUAUAGAGAAGAUGGAUGCCUCUCUUUCAACUCUUGUUAAUUGCGAGAAGCUGUCCUUAUCUACAAACUGCAUUGAAAAAAUCGCCAACUUGAACGCAUUAAAAAACUUGCGGAUUUUGUCCUUGGGGAGAAACAACAUAAAGAAUCUGAAUGGACUGGAAGCAGUUGGAGAUACUUUAGAGGAGUUGUGGAUCUCAUACAACCUGAUUGAGAAACUGAAAGGGCUCCAUGUGAUGAAGAAGCUGAGGAUUCUCUACAUGUCCAAUAAUUUAGUGAAAGACUGGGCAGAGUUUGUGAGGCUGGCAGAUUUGCCAUUACUGGAGGAUCUGGUAUUUGUAGGCAAUCCACUGGAAGAGAAAUACUCCGCUGACUCACAAAGUGCUUGGGUUGAAGAAGCAACCAAGCGAGUGCCCAGACUGAAGAAACUUGAUGGUAUUCCAGUUAUUAAACAGGAAGAAGGUGAAGAAGGAGAAAACUAGCACAACUAUUUCAUCUUUCCCAUUAAAUUAUUGAUGUAUUUCCAGCACUAUACCAUAUGUGACGCUUUUGUAUAAAUGUCUUUUGAAGAAAAUCUUGGGCAACAUUUUCAGCGGGCUCAUCACCAUGUUUUUCUUUCUCACCCAAAGAAUUAUUUACCAACCAAAACCAGGAACUCCAAUUAUAUGUAUAGACUUUCCUUUCUUGUCUUGAGUAUGGGACAUUUGUUUAGGUCAGUAUAUUAUACUUGCAAGUACAUACUGAUUUUUAAAAAAACAAAUAUGUAUGAUGUUCAGUCUUCCUAAUUUUGAGCAGAUUCUCUUAAUGCAUUUGUGCAGCAGGUUUUUUAAAAUCAUUUUUUAAUCAUUUGAAAAGUAGGGGACGAAACAGCAUUUUGUAUUUAACUCGCUAUAUCAUAGAGAUGUGCAUGAAUCCCGAUUUGAAGAGCAAUCCAUAGCACAGCCACGGUACCUUUUAAAAAGGAGAUGUGUGUGUGCCACCAUCACGCUAUGGCACCUGGGUCUGGGUGUGUGUGUGUGUGUGUGUGUGUGUGUGUGUGUGUGUGUGUGUGCACGCACGCUGCCCGAACAGGAAGCUGUGGCAAAUGGCAGAGGAGCAGAUAUGGACCUGCUCUCCUCCCUUUUAAGUGUACUGGGGUGGUGCUGCGAAUCGCUCUUUGAAUCGCAAUUUGUGUACAUCCCUAUCCGAUUUGUACCAUCCAUGGCCUCCCACCCAUCAUUAGCAUCUCCUUUCUAAAGAAAGGACCGGAAACCCAUUGUGUCGUAAGUGUCUGUCACAGUGUUUCAUCUUUUUCUUCCCACCUGCUAUGUUAAUUAUAGCCAUAUAGGUACUUGUAACAAUUUUAGUUUUGCCUAUUACAAAAGAAAGUGGAUAGCAUGGAUCAAAACAACUUAUGUCACAAAAUAUGUCAAAAUAUGUAGAAGGCUCAGAACUCAUGAGGUUGAGCUGCAUUGGAACCUUGAACUUUAAUGUUCUGGAAGCCUCUUACUAUUUUUGUAUGUAGUAGUUAGUGAAAGAGUGAAAGCAAUAUAUUUGUUUUAGAUGAAGCACUUCCUAAACAUCAGCUUGGUUUGAUGCACUGACUGUGUUUUCCUUUACAUAAUCUGUUUUAAGGAACAAGAGAAUCUAGAGCUGAAUAAAGGCUUGUGCUGUUGAUAUGAAAGUUACUGAAUGGCAAAGACCUUUGUCACUCUGGAAUUUGAUAGUAAUCUAAGGAGGGGCUGCAGCUGUUUAAAGAGGCCUUAAACCUUGCAGGUCAUUUGAAAAUAAGCUUUGGUUUCAGGGUUCAGUCCUUGUUAAAUCACAGCUGAAAAAAUUGCAGGAAUGGGAAUGAAGCUCUUUCAGCUCAAUGUACAGCAUAUUUUUAGAUUAAUUAGAACGCUCUGAACUCCUUUCUCCCAACCCCUAUCCCAACAGAACUUUUAUUUGUAUCACUGGAGUUUUGAAAUCUACCUAAAAGAUGGAAAGGAGAGAAAUGAGAGGUUUCUGUUUGUUGUGGCUGGUAGCAGCUAGUUUUUGCCUGCUCCCGAUUUUCCUACAAAAUGAUUUUGGCUCCGACAAUCAAUUUAUUAGUUAACUUUGCAUAGAAGCAAAUUGAUUAAAUGUGCUUCAUUUUACAUAGUAAUUUUCCACACACUAUAAUCUCAUGUGCAAAUAUAAGUGCAAAUAUAUUUGCUCUUUAGCCUUUGAAUGCCAUCAAACUGUAACAUGGCAAUUGUGCAACAUCUGGUUAUGCAUCUGUUACUUGACCACUACCCCAGCUUCUUAAAAUUGGGCAUUAGCAAGUGAUCUAUUCUUCUCUGAGUAAUCAGGUAUAAUUCCUGUAGUUCCCCAUCAAUUUAAAAAGAGAAUUUCCUACUGUUUGUGGUUCUUUUCUUUGAAGCAUAAUCCUAAAUUCUUUGUUUAGAAUCUGACUGUAAUGUUGCCCUGGAAUGUUUCUUUUUGCUAUUGUGAUAAUAGUUAAUCCCCUUUAACGAUAUCUGAAAUUCAAAAAUAAUUUUUAGGAUGAAUUUAUUAUCCUUAUACCAGCAAUAUGCAUGUUCCACUGACUUGAUUUCCCAAGAAACAAAAAGUUUUACUUCCAUAGUGUGUAUUUAUAUUUCAUUCUAAUUAUUCCCAUAAACUAAUCUUUUAUAUGUUUUCA